UUAAGGAACCUCCGACAAACGCGUCACCGAGUCCCGUUCAUUUGCAGCGAACGCGUCAGGCUGAGGUCGAGGUCGAGGGGAAGGAAGGUGCCGCCUCGGUCAUGGCGGAGGCGGGCGCUCAUCUGACCUCCGGCGCUGUGCGGGAGCAGCCGUCCAUCUUUGAGCUUCUGGCUCAGGAGUCUCUGAUGGAGGCGGUGAAGCCGGCGCUGAGGCACGCCGUCAAGGUUCUCGCAGAGUCGAACCCGCGGCGCUUUGGUUUCCUGUGGCGAGGCUUUGACGAGUUCUACCUCCUGCUGGACGUCCUCCUGCAGAGGCACUUCCUAUCCCGCUGGAGCGCCUCCUUCUCCGAGAACUUCUACGGUCUGAAAAGGGUUUCGGCAGGGCGGGGCCUUCCCGUCGGCCCCCGGGCCCGCCGGCGCUCGCUCCUUCUCCUGUGCCUCGUGCCGUACUUGCGGGCCAAGCUGGAGGCCGUGUUUGCAAGGCAGAGGGAAGAGGAGGACUUCUCCAUACGGCUGGCGCAGAGCAGGACUCAGAGGCUGUAUCGGGCCGCCGUGGCGGCCUACCCGUACGUCAACUCGGCCUGGCGGGCCUGGAUCUUUUGCCAGCAGCUGCUCUUCGUCUUCGGGGCGGUGCGCGCCCACAAUCCUUUGCUGUGGCUGGCGAGGGUCCGUCUGGCCCGACUCAGCCGGCGAGAUAUCCGAGAGAUGGAGCUGAAAGCCGGCCAAAUGGGGAGCCCGCACGGGAACAGCGUGUUGCAGAGGGCCUGGUGGUUGACGUCACAAGCUGCCAGGGGCGUGGCCGUCUCCCUUUCCACCUCCCUCUCGCUGGGGGUGUUCUUCUUGCAGUUCCUGGAGUGGUGGUACUCCUCCGACAACCGGGCCGUCGUGAAGAGCCUCACGUCCCUCCCCGCGCCCCCGCCCCCUCUCCACCUAGGAGAGGAGGGCAGGCGCGAUGCGGCGGCGGACGUGUCACGCUGCCCGCUCUGCAGGAGGCUUCGCGUCAACGCCGCGGUGUUGUCGACCUCGGGCUUCGUCUUCUGCUACCGCUGCAUCUACUUGUACGUGAAAGCCAACCGCCGUUGUCCGCUCACCGGCUACCCGACUGAACUGCAGCACCUCAUCAAGAUCUACUCGCCGGACACUUGAACCGGACUUUCUCCUCCGUUGAGAGGAUGCAACGUCAUCACUAUGCGG